CACUGGCAGAUGCUGCCCACACUUAAUAUGGCGGUAAUAUGUCAGGCUGUGAUCACGUGACUGCACAUCUUCACCUGAUAUUGCUAUGGUAACUGCGUGACAUCUGGGGCAAGGGGAAAAUGGCAGCCGAGGUGGAUUACGAGUCCGUGUUAUGUGUGAAACCCGAUAUCAGCGUGUACCGAAUCCCACCCCGGGCCUCUAACCGGGGGUACAGGGCAUCUGACUGGAAGCUUGACCAACCUGAUUGGACAGGAAGAAUGCGGGUGACAUCCAAGGGCAAAGUAGCUUAUGUGAAGCUGGAGGACAAAGUGUCAGGUGAGCUCUUUGCUCAGGCUCCUGUUGAUCAGUUUCCUGGGCUAGCGGUGGAGACUGUGACUGAUUCCAGUCGGUACUUUGUGCUCAGAAUUCAGGAUGGAAAUGGAAGAAGCGCUUUCAUUGGCAUAGGGUUUUCAGAUCGUGGUGAUGCUUUUGACUUCAAUGUUACUUUGCAGGAUCAUUUUAAGUGGGUGAAACAGGAGUCAGACUUCUCAAAGGAACCUCAAGGGCAGGACAACCAACCGAAGCUAGAUUUGGGUUUUAAAGAAGGUCAAACUAUUAAGCUGAAUAUUGGGAACAUUAAAAAGCGUGACGGCCCUUGUAAGCCUCGAGGCAAUGCAGGAUCUGGGGGCAUUUCCCUCCUCCCACCCCCUCCCGGUGGUAAAGUCAUUGCACCCCCUGCCCCUGUAGUAACAUCAGUACCUGUUGCCAAUCACGUGACCCCUCCACCCCUGCAGCCUGGCAAAAACACGUCAGCCAGCCCAGACAUCCUGCUGGAUUUGGAUUCUCCAGCACCAGAAGCUAAACCCACUGCUGCCUCACUAGACAUCUGGGGAGAUUUCAACACUGCAUCAAGCAACCUACCUUCUCCGGCUCCGAACUCAAGCUGGGUUCAGUUUUAG